UUAUGUUUGUCUAACAGAAGCGGAGAUGCUCCCAUGAAUUGGACGCAAGAUAGAGCGGCAAAUGCGCUUAUCAAGUUCUUGGCUGCUAUUCCAUGCUUGGAGUAUCUAAUUCUUGCUAUCGCACCGGAUUCUGUAUUCGGGCCGAGGGUCGUAAAAAGGUUCUUGCAGGAGUACCAUAAUCCAAAUCUCUUUUACUUCCAAUUUGACGAUUUUAUUGUUCCUGACAGUAAAGAUCUGCUCAACUUCUUCGAGAAGCACAAGAGCACGUUGAGAGCAGUCAUCCUCAGAAAGAUCCACCUGUGCGACAACGGCUGGAAAGUGCUUUUCCAAAAGAUGUGUGAGGAGCUGCAUCUUGGCAACAUCAUGCUUGAUGGACUUUUCGUAUUGCAGCAAAACGCCUACUGGUCUGUCAUCUUUCCUUGGUGUGAAUACGGUUUCAUGAGCUGCCCUGGAGCCAGUGGUUUCAAUGAACGUCAGGAAGAGGAAGUUACGGACGAACUGAGACGUGCUGCAGAUGAAUACCAAAGCACUGAAACGAGAUAUGAGGACGAUAAUUUCAUCGACCGGGUAAGUCGAGCGGCAUCCACUUUCUGUAUUAUAUACUGACAGCUUUGAUUCAGAUGCGGCGAGGGACAACAACCAGAUCCAUGAUCUCCAUGAAGAGCUUACGCUAUGUUCAUGAAGUCCUCGGCUGGGCCCCAACGGCAGGGGAUCUCUUGAACUAGAUCAUGGUAACCCAGCUAAUCUGGAAUGAUCAGUGAGCAGAUGUUCGUAAAGGUGGAGAAGCCUCAACAGUAUGCGGUGAAACAUAUGGCAGAGUUUUUGCUAAGAGGAUAUGUCCUCCGAAUUCGAUAUUCGACGAGAAGCGUCUCAACAAGGGCCAGUGCAGGUAUGGUUGCUAGUAGAGCUUAAGUCAUUCGGGAGAUCGGGGUACCCAUGAGAAUUGCCUACCUAGAUAUUUUUCAAGGGCUCUGAUAAUUCUGCAUUGUAUAACAUAAGAUUGCU